CCACUUGAAACCAUUUUUAAAAAAUACUUCUUUCUACAGACAAGAAAAGGCUAAUCAAGAGACUAGCUGAAGCAUAGAUAUAUGGCCAUGGAAGUGGCUGUGGAGCUUGAGCUUGAUGAUGAUGUUUUCUUUGCGGACAUAAGCAAGCAACUCAAUCUCUUAAUCACAGAUGAAGAUGAACAAAACCCUAUUUCACUUUCCUCUUCUGUCUCUUUCCAGGGUUUGUUCAGAGGAAACUACCAAACAUCAGCAACACCAUAUAUGAUGUACAAUGAGCAGAUCAAUUACAACGUAAGAGAGAGCAAAGGAACAGGAGUGUUUAUCCCAAGAUCUUCUCAGCCAAGAAGGAAACAUAAUCAUCAUCCUCAUCAAAAGAAGCAAGGGAGAUUCGGUUCCUUCAUCCCCAAGCAACAGUUUCCUCAUCAUCAUGUUCAUGACUACAAUCCCACAACUCUCAACAACAACAACCAAGAAAGCAUCACCUUUCAUCAUCCUUCUACUAACCCAAGAAGAACCUACAGAGACGCAGCAUCUCUUUUCACUUAGUCAAUCAAGUUUCAAGGACAUG